AUGGGCCAGACCAUCUCGCAGCUUGUGAACCAACUGUGCAGUCAACGACAUCAGCGACGCCUGGAUGCCGUCACGUGCAUCGGGGUUGAGACUAAAUCUGAGUUCCCAGGCAACCUGGCCAAGUGCGUUCGGGCCAGCUUCAAGGCUGAACGUCAGCUCAAGGACUUCGGCCUCGGCGCACUGUGCGGUGGUCCAACGCUCGCCUCUGAAGGCCUCGUGGACAGAGCCGCCCCGGUGAGCAAUACCUUCUGGGCGCUUGGGAAGGCUUCUGAAAACCUGUCGUCACCGGCAUUCAGGGCCAUGGCGUGCGCGCUGUCUUACUCGCGUGUCAAGCUGUCCCAGAUUAGGAGUCUAAUUGAGAUGCCAGAAAUUCAGAGCAGAAAUGAAAUAGUUACUGUAUAUGUGGCCUAA